AUGACGACGAGCCAGGACGUGGUCGUUUCGGAGAUGGGCAUUGGGGCGGGCGGGGCGGCCAUGCCGGGCUCCGGCCCCACGGGCCUCUUCGCGUGCCGGAGCGCCGCCAGCGCAGCCGGAGCCAUGUCGAUGCGGCAGACGUACCUCGACCUUGCUGCCGCCGCCGCCGCGGCGCGCUCCGCGAGCUGCACCUGGGUCGAGGCCAUGCGCGCCUCCUCGCCCACCCGCUCCCGCGCCGGCGCCGCCGCCUCCGACGUCGACGACCUCACGGCCUGGAUGAGGAAGCACCCGUCGGCGCUGGGCAAGUUCGAGCAGAUCGCAGCCGCGUCCAAGGGGAAGAAGAUCGUCAUGUUCCUGGACUACGACGGCACCCUCUCGCCCAUCGUCGCCAACCCCGACGCCGCCUACAUGAGCGACGCGAUGAGGGCUGCGGUGCGCGACGUGGCGAAGCACUUCCCGACGGCGAUCGUCAGCGGGCGGUGCCGCGACAAGGUGUACAACUUCGUCGGCCUCUCCGAGCUCUACUACGCAGGCAGCCACGGCAUGGACAUCAAGGGACCGAGCUCCAAUCCCGAGUCUGUCCUAUGCCAACCUGCAAGCGAGUUCCUCCCCGUGAUCGAUGAGGUGUACAAACUGCUGGUGGAAAAGACCAAGUCCACACCUGGAGCCAAUGUGGAGAACAACAAGUUCUGCCUGUCCGUCCAUUUCAGAUGUGUAGAUGAAAAGAGAUGGAACUUCCUGGCGGAGCAGGUCAAGGCCGUGAUCAAGGACUACCCCAUGCUGAAGCUCACGCAAGGGAGGAAGGUCUUCGAGCUGAGGCCGAGCAUCAUGUGGGACAAGGGCAAGGCCCUGGAGUUCCUGCUGGAGUCGCUGGGGUUCGCCAACUCCAGCGACGUCCUGCCAGUGUACAUCGGCGACGACCGCACGGAUGAGGACGCCUUCAAGGUGCUGAGGGAGAGGGGCCAGGGCGUGGGGAUCCUGGUGACUAAGUCCGCCAAGGAGACCAGCGCCUCCUACUCCCUCCAGGACCCCGGCGAGGUCAUGGAGUUCCUGCUCCGGCUCGUCGAGUGGAGCCGAAUCAGGUCGUCGUCGCCGGCCAUGAUCCGGCCGCGAGUGUAACGUGCUAGCCAGUAGAGAUCGAUCUAGGACGCGAUGGACACCGGUCAAUCGGUCGAUCCCAAACAUCGGUGUCCAAUCCAAUCAUGCAAACAUACCCCACCGUGCACCUACAUUUUCUCUCUGAUGAUUUCUGUGGUGGUCACCGAGAGGACGACGCAGCUAG